UCUCAGCUGCGGUUGUUGUCUGUCGGCGUCGAGCACGGACGGACCAUUUCAGCGAGAUCUCGCACAGUGAAUUACAGAUCCGGAACCCGUUUGUCGGAAUAACAGCCUCCGGUUUUGGACACGGCUCAGGUGGGGACAUUUUUAAAUGAACAUAAGGACAGAUGUAGCAUACAUCGACGCGCUUCUGAUUAGAGGAUGGAUUCCUGAAGCUUGUGUGCUUUUCUUCCGGGAGCGCACGGAUCGUUUUGGCACAGUGAUGAAUAAAAAUCAGAAGAAGAAAGCAAAACCCGACCUUGCCAUGGAUGCGAGAGCGCAGUGAUGCUGUGGGAACAACUGUGACUGCAGAAAGAAAGUCCGACAAAAUUAAACGUAAAAUUUAAGCCAGAGGCUGUAACACAGAGAGAAAACCCGAGCGACGACGCUUAAGUUCCUCGGCACACUGUGAUUGUGGCUUUUCCCGAUCAGAUGCGGCAGAUGUUAGUUUGCUGAGGACAGGUCCGUCGAUCCUGAGCAGACCCUUCCUCUCUCACACCAGACCGGAGGAUGGUCCCCGGGGCCCCCAGCACGACCACCACCAUGCUCCCCGCCUCCGAGGCUGCCAAAAUCUACCAGACCAACUACGUGCGCAACUCCCGCGCCAUCGGCGUCCUGUGGGCCAUCUUCACCAUCCUCUUCGCCAUCGUCAACGUGGUGUGCUUCAUCCAGCCGUACUGGAUCGGAGACGGCGUGGACACCCCGCAGGCGGGCUACUUCGGUCUGUUCCACUACUGCAUUGGGAAUGGACUGUCCCGGGACUUGACCUGCCAGGGCAGCUUCACCGAGUUCAGCGCCAUCCCGUCCAGCGCGUUCAAGGCCGCCUCCUUCUUCAUCGGCAUGUCCAUGGUGCUGGUCCUCACCUGCAUCGGCUGCUUCGCGCUCUUCUUCUUCUGCAGCACCGGCACCGUGUAUAAGAUCUGUGGCUGGAUGCAGCUGGCAGCAGGUACAUGUCUGAUCCUGGGCUGCAUGAUCUACCCGGAUGGCUGGGACAGCGACGAGGUGAAACGGAUGUGUGGCGAGCAAACAGACAAGUACACCCUGGGGGCCUGCUCGGUGCGCUGGGCCUACAUCCUCGCCAUCAUGGGCAUCAUGGACGCUCUCAUCCUCUCCUUCCUGGCCUUCGUCCUGGGAAACCGUCAGGAUAGUCUGAUGUCUGAGGAGCUGCUGGGAGACAAGAGCGGCAAUAACGCCAUUUAAUAUCUGCUAAAAGAAAACAAACGCAGGUUUUGUUCCCUUGAUGUGAUGUUUCUUCCAGCUGCCUUCUUCUGGUUCAACCUGUGGCUGGGAUGCAGAGCUGAUGUGCGGGGAAAGAACAGAUCAAAGAAGAAGAGGACCAAGAGGCCACUAAACCAUGUAGACCAAGAUGUCCUCUUUGAAAGCUCCGUCUGUAAAAUAGCCUUCUCAUUCAUCUCAAACUGCUCAUUUCUGAAGGAUGGAUUCUCAAAAAAGACUUUCUUAAAAGUUUACCUGUGUUGGUGUGUCGCAGCUUACUCAACUGAAAUGUUCUCCACGUGGAUGUGAGGAAGGCUGCUGUAGUGAACAGGAUCAGCUGAAAGAAAAAAAAAUAUAUCAAAAAGACUCUUCGUGUGGUAAUUCAGCUCCAGGACUCUCUGGACAAACACUGCUCAAAUCGAAUCAAAUCAGAACAAAUGAUCCAGACGUUGACUGACACAAAUAAGGACUUAACAGACUCGAGGUCAAAGCUGUCAGAUCUUCUUUCUUAUCAAGUCAACAAACUCCCUGCAAAGGAGUUCGGCUUUAACAUGGGUUGACCUUUGAUUUAAAGGGAAGUGCUGUCAGCGGAGUCCGGACACAAGAAAAUUACUGUAUACAACAGAACAGCAUUGUUUUGUUAUAAUUAAAUGUUUGAUGUGAUAGAAUCAAAGUCAGUAAUUAGAAGUUCUGCUGGUGACCGUGUUGCAAAACGGAUGCUAAAUAUGAGAAAACACCAUUUGUGUAAAGUCUAUAAUCUGUGUAUAGCUUACAUGUUGAUUACGUCCCUGUAUUUUGUCUUGACCUUGAAAUGUGCACUUUGAAAUGUCAAGCUAUUGGACCAUUAUUAGUGUGUGCCAUACAGUAUCGUGUUAUCUGACAGUAUUGUGCAGUACAAAAAGGGCUUAAGAGAAGCUAAACUCGACAUGAAUUAGACUUGAUAGGUUUGACUCUUUGUUGUCUCCUGUGAUUCUUUAACGUCUCACGGCUAAAAGAGGUAGCUAGUUAAACAUGCGAGGGGUGGGUCAAACUAACGUCAACACUGUUUUUACCAUGACAAAAGAGAACCACACGCAUGAGGCACAAAGGUUGGGAAAAUAUAGUUAUUUGCUUUCUGGGGAAGAGUUAACAUCAGAUAAGAAGAUUGAUAUCACUCACAUCCAGCUUGCUGCCCGUUUGCUUAACUUAAGCUAGCACUCAAACAAGCCUGGAGACAGUGGAACAGCUAACGUGGCUAUGAACAGUUAACAGCAAGAAAAUCCACAUUCACCUCUGAAAAAAAUGUAUCUAGUUUAUUAAAAACUAAAUUAAAAAAAAACUGUAAAAAUGACUAUUAGCCGGUAUGCUUUAUUAGCUGUUUUAUCUCGGCAAUUUCUUGUUGCAAAAAAAGGUUAAUUAUUGCUUUUACUUCUUUGAUUUUUGUAUGGAUGAAACAAACAUGAUUCAUUACUGAGCUUUAGUUUUUGUUUAUCCCAGAUUCUGGCAUGCAAAUUUUGUUUUCAUUUAACAGAGCUGUUUCCAUUUGUGCUAGCUAAGCCAACCGGCUAAUGAAGCCAAACAUUACGCGGUAUCAAUCUGCUCAUAACUCUGAGCCUGAAAGCUAAUAAGGGUAUUUCCCAAAAUGUCAAUCUAUUUGUUGAACACUUUUUUAAAAAACACAGCAACAUUAUCCUUGUGAAGGUGCCUCCUUUGAUAUUUAGGUGAAGGAAGCCUGAGUGUUUGUCUUACAAAGCUAAAAUACUCCGAGAGAGCCGAAAGGCCUCAUUAUAUUGUGCUGCCCCAUCAUCCUGACCCUGACCCUGAUCCUGACCCUGAUCCUGAUCCUGAUCCCACAGUGCCCCUGGGGUCAGCUGAGAAAUAAAAAAAGCCUCAUUACUUUCAGUUUACAUAUCUGUGUGCAGGGUUUAGAAUUUGUAUUCUGAUUCAUAAACCACAGAUUUGCAUUAGACUCCAUUUUUCAAGAAGAAAUUCACUCUUGAUAUUUUAUAUAUUGUAUUUACUGGCAGUUGACUUAAAAAUCUGUUUUCCAUUUGCUUCUGACAGCUUCUUUUGUGUUGUACGUAGUUUGUGUGGGCGAGAGAGAAAAACCCAUCCUCCUCUUUGUGAUUACUUGUUUUAAUACAGCUCAAUUCACAAUAAUUGUUCUUGCUGACACAUUUUUCUGUUUCUGUAGUCACACAUGGGAAUGAGUAUGAAAUUUAAUCGCAGCUCAUGAGUACCCUGCUGACCAGCAGUCAUCACUGAGCUGCUGAACUGCAGAUAAAAUGAUUUUAUCUGCGCUGCCAGACAAAAUAAAUAAAAACACAGGACAGCAGCUGUAGCUGUGAGAUUGGCUAUAUUGACAUUAAAAACGAAUGAUGACACAGGAGGUUUAAAGCAGUCUAGAGACUGAUAUAUUCAAGCAGGCCCUACAGCCACAAAGCAUCUGUCACCACAUCCAAAUGACCUGCUUGUAGUUAUUAGGGUUCAGCGAAUACUCAGUUGAAAUCGGAUCAUUUACCUUUAACGAGUGCGAGGAUGAUUACCAUAAAAUGUGUCAAUAUCAACUGUGAUGAAGGAAAAUCCAGUUUGGGGACUGAAGUUUGUUCAUUCUGUUUCAUAAAAAACUGAAUCUGGAUGGCUCUUUAUUCCUCAGCAGAUGCGAGCAGGGUUGUUUUUCUUCCCAUCUCGUGGUGAGAUGGUUGCAAAAUGUUGAACCUUUACUGUAUGGGUCUGUGCAGAUGGAUUACUUUUAAGAUGGAAUCAAAGUGUAACAUAAUAAAUCGCUUACAAACACCAAAUUUACGAAUGCACUGCAGCUGAAAGAGCUAAACUGAUUUCUUUAUUUGAAUGACAACAGGGAAAAAGACCCUCACAACUGCGCUCCAUGUUCUCCAGGUCUGUAUAUGACCGCAUAUUUUGGGUUGGGGCUGUUGUUCAUGACUUUAUAUAAUAUCUAUUGAUUUUUCUUAUAGACUUUGGUUAAGUUAUAACAGAUCAGAUGUC